AUGUCCACCCAUCGUGCUGAUGCCAGCGCGCUCCUCGACAACCGCGGGUACGCUGGCCCCCUAAUCCGCGGCGUCAACCCUGCCACCCUCUUCGAGAAAGCCGUUCGCGACCGCAUCACGGACUCCUACUACUGGAAAGAGCAAUGCUUUGCCCUGAACGCUGCCACUCUCUGCGAUCGAGCCGUCGAGCUCAGCUACAUCGGCGGAACCUACGGUGCCAACCAAAAACCUACGCCGUUUCUGUGCUUGGCGUUUAAGCUGCUCCAGCUUGCGCCGGAAAAGGAGGUGGUGCUCGAGUAUCUCAACUUCCAUGACCCGGCGGCGGACGAUGACGACGUUGACGAGGAGGGUGGAGACGGCGCAGCUGUGUUAAAAGCGGUUGGCGAUUUUAAAUACCUACGCGCGUUGGCGGCGUUUUAUAUUCGGCUGACGUUUGACCCGGUGGAGGCGUAUACCGUUCUGGAGCCGCUGCUGUCAGAUUAUAGAAAAUUGAAAAGAAGGACAAAAGACGGGUUUGUGCUGACGUAUAUGGAUCAGUUUGUGGAUGAUCUACUUACCAAGGAUCGCGUGUGUGGUACAAGCCUGUGGAAGCUGCCUGCUAGACGAGUACUCGAGGACCUGGAUAUGCUGGAAGAGAGAGUGAGCCCGCUGGGGGAAGAGAUAGAAGAGAUUGACAGGGAAAGCGAUAGUGAUGAAGAUGGAGAGAUUGGUGAGCAUGGAUCCCAGCAUGGGGACGAUUGA